GCACAAAGCAUUUCACUGUGACGACUCGUGGAAAUCAUCGUGCUUUGCUCUGUUUCGAACUAAGCAAAAAUAUCCACAAGGUCCAUUGAAAGUCAGGAAUGGGAACAACUCCUAAUGACAUCAGACUGCUUUUGAACGACUGUGAGUAUUUUAUCGCAGAUAUUCUCCAAGAUGAACAGCUUAGUGAAAUUGCAGAAGAUGCUCAGAAAAAACUGCUGAAUAACUUCAGAUUGGUGCGUGAAAGAUUUCCCCUUGAUUUUUCCAUCCAAUCCGGUCCGAAGGAUGACGAAGGUUCUGAUGAUAACCGAAGCUCCAGUUUGGGUCGCUCAGCCCCAUCAGACACGUCAGAAAACCAGGAUGACUGGAUACCUGAUUAUGUGGAGGACAUCCCAAUGGUGGCUGUUCAUGAACUCAACAAUGUCAUAAAGCAGAGCUAUUUGGAGAAGAGAAGGAAAGACCACAGCUUCUUCAGCUCAGAGUGGCAGAAAAGAUGGUGUGUCCUGAACAAUUCCGUCUUCUACUACUUCAGCAGUGAGAAAGAUAAGCAGCAGAAAGGAUGUUUUGACAUCAGAGACUAUGAUGUUCAGCUGGUGACAAACCUGAGAAAAGACUCAAAAAGAAAUUCCUGCUUUGAGCUUUCUGCUCCGGGGCGGCAAGUGUACCAGUUCACGGCCACCAGCCCACAGGAAGCCAGAGACUGGGUCACCCAGAUUAAAUUUGUCCUUCAAGAUCUCAGCUCCAGCUUCAUUCCCGUUGAUGAUGAUGAGAGCGAGGAGCUGGAGGAAGACUAUGAUGACAUUGAGGAGGAUAUCUACGAGUCAAUGCCAGAGGAUUUUCCGGCUGCAGCAGCAGAGGAGAGCAGUGAGGUGGCAGUCACGCCAGAUUAUGCCAGCUACUACCAGUGUUUGUGGGACUGCCAGGCGGACGAGCUGGACGAGCUGGCCUUCAGCAGAGGAGACCUCAUCCGCAUCAUUAGCAAGGAGUUGAACUACCACGGCUGGUGGGUUGGAGAGCUCAAUGGCAAAGUGGGAAUCGUCCCCAAGGAUUUCUUGCAGCCGGCCUUCAUCCUGUGACAUCAUGGGCUCGUCACUUGUGGACCGACGUGUCUCAACAACAAUUUGAGAGAAAAAGAUUGUUUUCCUCAAAUUAAAACAUUAAUUUAGCUGCAUUGUUCAUGAGUUUGGGAUUGUGAGAAAUGAAUUAAAGGGGCGCUAGGAUGCUUUUCUAUAUUUGUAGAGUAAUCUACAGUAAUAUGGUUACCAUCCCAGUGCGUUUUUUGCGAAUUUAGUAAAUUUGGCCAAAAGAGAAAAUGCAACUUUUUGCCUGUUUGCAUCUGGUAUUGUUUUACGAUCAUUGAGAGGAGAGUGCGCCAUGAGAUGAUGUCAUCAGAGAGCGUCUGCCUGCCACAAAACAAAUGACAGACUUUGCUGUUUCCCAUCUAGAAUAGCAUUUAUCUACACCAGCAAGGAGCCUCACAUUUUGCCAGCUGAUCAUUUUCCAUGCCGGUUUCAAAAAAAGUGCGUGGCGUCCACACAGAUCCGCUGUUUACCAGACGAAGCCUUCAUGACUAGUCAGAGAGAUGAGUGUCCCGGGACGGCAGCUCUGAGCAGCGCUGUGGUCACAUGCUUCAUGCACACACACAGCGAGCUUGAAUUCAAAUUCUACUUGUUCAUGUUUGAUUGUGGUUUGAGAAAAUAAACGGAAUAUGAAACUUCUGUUUGUGACUGGCUUCGUCUGAAGCGCGCCACAAUUGUUCAGUGGGAGCUUUUGUGUUACUGUUGUCAUUAACCUGAAGAGUUGCAGCAGAAUGUACACUAAUGUGCAGUGCGGCAGUAUUGCAGUGAAGUG